GUGAACCGCUUAUCUGGAGAUGUCAAUCUAAUCAUCAAUGGCAAAAUUCACUUAAUCACGUUAAAAAUAGAGGACAAUGGUGUCCGUUUUGUAUUGGCCGAUAUCAAUCUAUUGAGGAUAUGC